CUACAUCCCCCUGGGUGCCACCACCGUGCGCUGCCUGGGCAGAGGCAGGUGGCACCCACGGAUGCCUGCCUGCACCCUAGGUCACUGUUCCUUCCCUCCUGCCAUCAACCACGCAGAGCGAAAUGCUCGGGGCGAGUUCCUAGUGGGGACAACUGUGACCUAUUUCUGCAGACCUGGAUACGCUUUGAUCCCUGAUGUCUCUCCAAUAACUACUUGCCUUGAAAAUUUCACGUGGUCGGUGAUCCCACCGCUGUGCCAGAGGGUGCUGUGUCCCAGCCCAUCCAUCCAACAUGGGAGAGAGAUCACCCUCCGGACAACAGACUAUGCUGUUGGACACCAGGUGGAAUUUCAGUGUGACCCUGGCUACAUUUUGAGGGGCAGCCAGAGGAUCCAGUGUGGAUCUGAUGGGAUGUGGAGACCUCCUGUGCCCUACUGCGACAAGGCCUGUGACCCCCCUCCACAGAUCCCCCACGGGCAGCACUCUGCCGUGAGAACGGAGCGGUUCCCCUACGGCUUGGAAGUGAAGUACAGCUGCGCAGAGGGUCUGUCCCUCGUUGGGGACGAGUCCAUCUACUGCACCUCGGACGACGGGGAGGCCCUGGCGUGGAGCGGCCCUGCCCCGGAGUGCCGGCUGGUUCGGUGCCCCAGGCCCGCGGUGCAGGGGGCUCGGGUGGCUCCGCAGAGCUUCAGCUUUGGCUACGGGGCGGCCGUGCGGUUCUCCUGCCAGGAAGGCUUCGAGCUGCGCGGAGACGCCGAGAGCCGGUGCCUGGAGGAUGGUGCCUGGCACCCUCCCCUGCCCUCCUGCCAGCCAGUUCGUUGUCCAGAACCACAGGUGGCCAAUGGAAGGCUGAAAAGCCCUUCAGAGGAUAAAAUGGGGUACCAAGCAAAUGCCACUGUUACUUUUGAAUGCCUUGAUGGGUACCAGUUCUCAGGUGAUGGAGACAUGUCUCUAGAAAACUCUUGGACAGCCACAUGUUUGCCUGAUGGCAGCUGGACACCGUUGCCCAAGUGUAAGAAAGCAGGUGAUGCUGCUGGAUGUGAGGAGGUUCAUUAUAUCAGAGAGGUCUUUGAUUGUGGUGUGCCUAUGGCAGAAGUGAAAACCCUGCUGGAAAUAGAAAAACUGUUUCUGGAGAUCAAAAAACUAAAGGUGGAAUUAGAAAACUUGAACAAGUGAGUUCUGUAAUGCACUGAGAUGAUCACCUUUCCUUUGGUGACAUAUAGGUGGUAUAAGAAGGCUCCUGGUGACUUUGUGGUUCAUGCUUGCAUGUUUACAGCCAGAGAAAUAAUAACCAAUGCCUGGGAAGCUGCUUUUGUUCUGCUAGAGCAGAGGGGGAUUUUUGAUCUUUUCCUGAAAUCCUUAAGUUUGAUUUGUUAUUUAACAAACAUGUUUUUUUAACAUUUUAUUUUAGGAAGCAUAGUAAGAAACUAAUUUGAGCCACUUUAAGCCACUGAAUUAACUGUCCUAAGCUGAGGGGAGAGGGACUGGACUUCCAGCUGAGAGGACUGUUGGGUGGGUCUCUCUGAGGGUGCUGCUGCCACAACCUUCUGGCCAAUGGCUGGAACACAUGCUGCACCCUCUGCCCACCCUCUGCCACAGCAUCAACAUGCUUCAUCUAUCCAGAAAUAGCAGUGAAGGAAGUAUUUAACUGCAUGCUUUCCUGCUAAUCUAGCUUGUGAUUUCUGUUCAUCUAGUUAAGGGCAGUUCCAUAGAAGUACAUUUGUAAAGGCUUCUAUUUGCUUCUUCCAUUGAUUUGUAACAGGCAGCAGGUUUCUGUCCCAGCACUGCAGGUGAUGGAUGUCUGUGGGGGUGUCAUCUUCCUUGUCCUUAUUUCUGGCAAGCAAAUGCUAAGAAAUAUAUGUUGUAAGUUUAAGCAUAGAGAAUCAGACUGCAAAUCUUGUUCUUAUUACUCAAUAAAGGAUGAGCAGUUCAGGUA